UUUUUGCGACAGUUGUAGCGGAAUCCGACAUGGUAGUCGGACGGCAGCUCGCUCUCGAAUUACAGAACAGAACAUAAACUUACACACACUUUAUAACUAAACUAAGUCUUCUGUCCGGUGAAUGGAGACGGUGAGACAGCAUCGCAUGUCUGAAUGAAGUGGCUGUCCGUGGCUCAUACCUGUGACGUCCUGUGAGUAACCCACCAAUCACAGCUCAGAUCACACCUGAACCCACCAAUCACAGCUCAGAUCACAUUCCACUGAUCCACUAAUCCCUCCUCAGAUCAGCACACCUGAACCCAACCGGAUGGCGGAGGCCGUGGCGAAGGUGGCCAGGAGGGUCAACGCCACCAUGGAGGAUGGCAGAGACUCGCUGGAUCUGUCCGACUGUGAGCUUGUUAGUUUCCCUGACGGCGUCUUCAGGAUGAUGCGCAGCUGCACACACACCAUACACACCAUCUCUCUGGCCAACAACCACAUCAAAGCCUUGAGCAGCAAGUUCUUCCUCACCUUUACACAGCUCAGAGAGCUGGACCUGCAGGGAAACGUCCUCACGAAGCUGCCAGAGGCGGUCGGAGACAUGCAGCACUUGGUCAACAUCAACAUCUCCAAAAACAAGCUGACGGUUUUCCCCGAGCGCCUGAUGGACGUCAGAAGCCUCGAGCACAUCAGCCUGGAGGGGAACGACAUCACAGAUUUGCCGGUGGAGAAGCUGUCUCUGAUGCCCUCACUAAAGACUGUGGAUGUGAGGUGUAACCCGCUGGUGGUCGACUCCUCGUCUCUCCCGCAUCAGUUCACGAUCCUCACGUAACACACGAGAGACGCUCAUCAUGCUGUGCCGCAGAACUUUUCAAUAAAUAUUUAUUAAACUGUG